CUAUUGCGAGUAAAGUUUUGCUUGCUUCACAACAACAAGAAGAAGAAGAACAUUCAACCAAAAACAUCAACUAAAACAUCAACAAAAACCAUGCACCUGCGUCUCGACGGAAAGCUCGUUCUGGUGACGGCGUCGACGGGCGGGAUUGGCGAGGCGAUCGCGACUUCACUGGCGCGGGAGGGCGCUCGCGUCAUUGUGAACGGCCGGUCGCAGGCGUCUGUGGAUGCGGCCAUCGCACGCAUUCGUGUGGCUGUGCCCGGGGCGCUGCUCGAGCCGCUCGCUGCCGACAAUGGCACUGCGGAGGGCAACGCGGCGACCGUGCGCCACUUCCCCGACGUGGACAUUCUGGUCAACAAUCUGGGCAUCUUCAACGCGGUGCCGUUCUUUGAGCUGUCGGACGCCGAGUGGACGGACAUGUUCCAGGUCAAUGUCAUGAGCGGCGUGCGCCUGUCGCGGCACUAUCUCAAGCGGAUGAUUGCCAGGAACGAAGGCCGGGUGCUGUUUGUCUCGAGCGAGUCUGGCGUGUCGCCCGAUCCGGACAUGGCCCACUACAGCGCGACCAAGACGACCCAGCUCUCCCUCUCGCGCAGCCUCGCCCAGCUCACCCAGGGCACCAAUGUCUCGGUGAACACGGUGCUCCCGGGCCCGACGCGCACCGACGGCGUCGUGCAAUUGGUGAAAAACCUCUUUCCCGACGUCCCGUACGCCGAGGCUGAGAGGAAGUUUAUGCACGAGAACCGCCCAAACUCGCUCAUUGCGCGACUCAUGGCUCCCGAGGAAAUUGCCGACGCGGUCACGUUUCUCGCCAGCCCGCUGUCGUCCGCCAUCAACGGAGCAGCAAUUCGCCUGGACGGCGGGCUGGUGCGCACCAUUGUGUGAAGCUGCGGUGCCACAGAGUUUGACGCGAGAGUGCUUUGUUGUGCUUUGAGCGUGUGUGCGAUUUGUGUGUGUGUGCGUUUUGUGUGCUGUACAAAGAAGAGCGCUUUCAGAAACUAUCAAA